UCAAAGCAAGAAUAGCUUGGUCUGUGCGCUCCCCGCUUGCUCGUUGCUCACUCUAUCCGAAUCAUCGAUACACCCGUUCACAUCCGGUCGCUUCUCUUAUCUUCUUGACGAAAAACACCGAAGUCACGUACCUACCUAAUUCAACUCCUGAAACUCACGAUGGCAAUAACAACAACCCUACCACAAACAACCACCAUCAUGGAAAAAGAUAUCCUGGACAGAAACAUCAUGUCAAGAGCAGAACUCGAUCGCGUCAAGGCCAGAAUACUUGCAAGCAAGACCCUCACUGAAUCCAAUGAUCCCGCACGCAACCUUCAGAAAAUGGCCUUGGAAUGCAUCGAGGAUGUUCGCGAACGCAUGGCUCACAUCAAAGAACGACGCGAGCAAAGACUUCUGGACGAAGAACAAAAAAUCUCCUCCUUCCGCUCAGCACUGGCUGAAAGAAACGCAUACAAGGAAGUUGAGAAAUCCACAAAGACUGGCCAAAAAGCUCACAGGAAAAGAAUCGAAGUUUGGAGGGAUGAGGUCAAGAAGCAAACAGUUGUGGACAAGAAAAGCGCAUCUGGUACUACUACUACUGCCACAACCACUACCUCACAAACAUCCAAGAAAAGAGCCUUGGACAACAACAAUACAUCCUCACCUUUCGAUCAAGUCUCGGCAACCAGACCCCUCAACAAACGCUUCAAACUCGCCCUGGAAGACUCAUCCUCAGCCGCACAACCCACUAGCAGUAAAAAAUCCGUGCCUUGGCUGAGCACCCGCGCAUCCAUGGACGACGAAGACGUAUUCGCAGAUGACCAUGUUCGCCACCCCGAGUACGAAAACAUACCACGCAUCAAAAACGACGACGAUGCAGAUGAAGAACUCGACGAUGAGGAUUUGGAGUCUGAGGAUUCUUACUUGACGCAGCAGGAGCAGUUGUUGGUUGUGGAAAUGGCAAUGGUUGCAGCGAUGCAGUCGAUUCUUCCUCAACUGGUGGAGAAGACCAGACCAUCACGCUGACACAACGAUGGAGAAUAUUCCUCAUAUUGCUGGAAUGGCUAACGACACAGGAGGAUCACGACGUUUAUGAGGUAACUGGAAUUAUGGCUCAACUGAGUCGCUUUGAGGGACGACGAAAUGCUUAGCUGAAGCAGAGAAACAGAGUGGUAUCAUUCAUCAAUAACAAAAAAAACUUUGAGACGAAAACAAUAUUCGUGAGAAGAAGUAAA